AACUUGGGAUCUCUCAAAAUUGGUCAUUUUAAUGAGAAGUCCGGAUUAAUCAAAUCUAUUGUUACACAUCAUUAUAAGGCAAUAUUAAGCCGUAAAGUUAAGAAAAGGGGAUCCCUUGCAGGGUUGGUUUGUAUUGGGCAUCGAGUAAGGCAGUGGUCCAAAACCAUUUUUACUUAUCCAAGUCCAAGUGUUACUGUCAUUUUUCUUGUGCUACCGUUACCUACUCAUAGCAAUACUUAUGUAGCAAGCUGA